AUGGCCUCCGCCGCCAAGCGCCUGGCUUUCCACGCCCGCGCCGUCCACAUCUCCCCUCUGCGCACAGCACGGCGAUGCCAGCGCGACGUGCCCGCCCCAUGGCAUCCCCAGCGAUGCUUCUCCACCACCCCAGCACCGCGCGCCAAGGACGACACCGAUGCCGAUGCCGAGGGCGAGAAGGAGCGCAUUGAUCACGAGUUCGAGGAGCUGAAGCGCGUGCUCGGCGACGAUCUGCCCACCAAAGGCCAGGCCCUGCACCAGAUCCUAUCAGGCAUCGACCCGUCCCUGCUGUCGGGCUACAAUGAACGACCAGAGCGUCCCGUGCGUGAAGGCUUCUGGAUGGAGGGCGAGGCCGACAUGGGCGAGGAUGAAGAGUGGCACGGCGACGACAUCACCUCGACCGGUCACGCCGAGUUGGAGCAGCAGCGCGAGAUCCGCGAGUACAUGCGCAUCGCCGCCUGGGAGAUGCCGCUGCUAGCGAAAUACGCGAAGCCCUUCCAGCCCCCGACCAGUGAGACUCCGCUCCGCUUCCGGCACACUACGUACAUGGGCGAGCACCAUCCCGCAGAGCGCAAGGUGGUUGUCGAGUUCAGCGUCCCCGAUCUCCCCAACCUCACCCAGGUGCAGCGCGACAAGCUCAUCAAGCUCGCUGGUCCCCGCUACAACCCCGACACUCAGAUUGUCAAGAUGAGCGCGGAGCAUUUCGAGACUCCGGCCCAGAACAAGCGCUACCUGGGAGACGUCAUCAAUGACCUACUCAACGAAGCUAGAAACCCCAAAGACACCUUCGCAGACAUGCCCUUUGAUUUCCGCCACCACAAACCCAAGGUCUUCCACAAGUUUCCCAAGGAGUGGGCCAUGACGGCCGAGCGCAAGAAGUACCUAGACGAGACGAGACAGCGAAGGGCCGAGCUGGAGCAGACGAGACGGGAGGAGGGCACGCUGAUCGACGGAAACGCCGUCAUCGAGAAAGCUUUGACAGCCCCCGCCUUCGAGGCGCCAGAGCCGCUGAUGGUGCCAAAGGGCAAGGCUACGGCGGCCAAGAGAAGACAAACUUUCAGCAUAAAGGCAUGA